AUGCCGAAGAGAACCCCUGACACUUCCGAUGACGCGGGCAAGUCUAGCCUUACCAGCAUUAAACUGGCCAAUAUGCUAAAGGCUCAUCACCUAGCAUCAAAUCUCAAGUCCGUCAUCCCAAAGUGUAAUGAACGCGCAUCUGAGACGCCAGAAGGGUUCGUGGCCUUCAGUGAUUCCAUAAUCAGAUCUGGUGGGGCUUUGUCGCUUCGCCCCUUUUUCGUCAAAGGUGAAUGCAAACAAGCAUGCACCCUUUUUACAAAGAGCAACCUUCACUUGUACAGGUUUCUGACCCCAGACCAAACCGUCUCUCUAUGCUCUGUUUCCUCUGAAUCCGUGGGCCCAUGCCCCAUCUCAUCUGAAUCCGCAAGUCCAUGCCCCACCUCAUCUGAAUCCACAGGUCCGUGGCUAUACGGCCACAAUGAAGGUAAUUAUGACGAGGUAGCUGAUAGGGACUAUGUCUACCCUUCGGGUGAUCAUAUGGACGUUGAGGAGACAGUGGUGUCUGAGAACUACUCGUGUCUACACUCUUUAGCCGGCAGGGCUAGGGGCAUGGCCAAUGACGGACAUACUGGCGAUGUUACCUCUCGGAUGCCACCAUCAAUGCCUGGCGACGAGUUUUCCUUCGAUGUCUCUGUCCCCUGCCCCUCUGUGCCUAAAAGGAAUUUCGUCAUUCCUUCUUUUAUUGGCACUUCAAAUAAAUCAAACACCAAAACUAAAUCAAUUAUUGUUAUACAUGUACAGAAAAGAAUCUAUUACGACGAUGCCCCGCCUAAUUACCAGAGCGUGGCACUUGUGGUCGGCGUGACUGGCAUAGUGAGAAAUAGCCUCGCUGAGAUUCUCCCUCUCUCCGACACCCCAGGCGGACCCUGGAAGGUAUACGGAGUCGCCCGUCGGCCCCAGCCCGCUUGGAACGCUGACCACCCCAUCCACUACAUUCAGUGUGAUGUCACCGACCCGGACCAGACCCGAGACGAACUGUCCAAACUCAAUGACGUCACCCACAUCUUCUAUGUCACCUGGAGCAGCAGACCUACGGAGGUCGAGAACUGCGACGUCAAUGGCCGGAUGCUUAAGAACGUCCUCGAGGCGGUUGUCCCUCACGCACCGAAUCUCCAACACGUCUGCUUGCAGACCGGGCGGAAGCACUACGUCGGCCCCUUUGAGCUUCUCGGCAAGGUUCGGCCCCACGAGCCUCCGUUCCAUGAAGACCUCCCGAGACUCGACGUGCCCAACUUUUAUUAUACUCAAGAAGAUAUUUUAAUGGCGGAGGUGGAGAAGAAAGAAGGGUUGACGUGGUCAGUCCACAGGCCUGGAGUCAUAUUUGGGUUCUCUCCGUACAGUUUGAUGAACCUUAUUAGUGGUCUAUGCGUUUACGCCGCCAUCUGUAAGCACGAGGGGAAGCCUUUGAAGUUUCCGGGCAAUCGGGCCGGCUGGGAUACUUACUGGGACGCCUCUGACGCCGAUUUGAUUGCGGAGCAUCACAUAUGGGCGGCGGUGGAUCCGAACGCCAAGAAUGAGGCCUUCAACUGCAGCAACGGCGACGUUUUCAAGUGGAAGCAUCUGUGGAAGGUCUUGGCUGAUCAGUUUGACGUUAUGUAUGAGGACUUUGAAGACAGUGACCGCGACAUCACCGGCGUUUCGAGGCCAGGAUUGGUGGAGAUGAUGAAGGAUAAGAGUCAAGUUUGGGAUGACAUUGUAAGGCAGAAUGGUCUGGUGCCUACGAAAUUAAAAGAUGUCGGCUGUUGGUGGUUUGUUGACUUCAUUUUGUGCUAUUCUGGGGUCAUUGACAGUAUGAAUAAAAGCAAAGAACAUGGUUUCGUGGGGUUCAGGAACUCAAAGACCUCAUUCAUUUCUUGGAUUGACAAGUUGAAAGCUCACAAGAUUGUUCCUUGAUUUCUAUGUAAGGAGGAAGUUCGUGAUUUUCAAGCUUCAGUGUACUUCGUGUUUAGGAAUAAAGUGUUCGUGUUGAUUGUACUUUUUAUUCAAACAUCAUAUCUAUUUAUAACAUAUCUCUCAAAAAUCUCUACACUA